AGUAUAGCAGCAGCCUGGAGUAGUUGGGCAGGUCUAUGCAUCUACUGCAUGCUGCAGCCGGGUAAGGAAGGAAGAAAAGAGGGCAAGAAGGAAGGAGAGAAGACGGACUAAGAAGUCAUGUGGGAGGUGUAAAUCCACUGUGGAUGAGCAUGCUGAGGGGUGAAGAAGAGGUGAUAGAGAAGGAGGGAAGAGAAGAGAGGCAGGGAGGCAGGAGAGGAGAUUCGGCUGGCUAUAUGUGUGAGGCUGCAGCUGCUGCUUCUCCCUCUGCUGUUUCUGCACUGUGUGGCGGAUCACGAUAAAGCUUCACCAGGAUAACAGAAGGCUUCGACAGAGGAUGAAGGUAUGGUGACUAGAGAUCUGCUGGAGGCGUCCUAAGGGCCUGUUUGUCCUCUGUUUGCCCAUAAUGUCCUUAGUCUUACUGAGUAGGAAGGAACAUGUCCUAAAAAUACAGUGACAGCCCCAUCAACAGAUAAACAAACAAAAUCCUGGUAAAAGGAGAGGAGGCCAGUCUCUGUCUUCUGUAUCACUCUCUCUUCCUGGCCUCGAGUGUGAGGUCAUGUCCCAGUCUGGAAAAGUCCUUCAUCUGUACGUGGAGGUAAGGUCAGCCCCGGAGCAGGAUGGGAAUGGGGGCUUGGGGGGAGGAGUGGAGGGUCCUGGGACUGGGAGUAACUCAGCCUCAGCACAGGAUGGGCCAGCUGGGCUUUUGUCCAAGCUAACCUGCCAGACAAAAUGUCAGACUCCUACCAAAGUACAAACGCACCGCCUAGCCCAUAACUUCACUCACACCCAGUCUCCCUCCAGACACACAGUGAGCUUCCAGCUCCACCAAGGCAAUGGCAACCAGUCACCUAGCAUCUCCAAGCGGCAGAGUUUACCAGCAGCACUGACCCACUCCCCAGCCUUUUCCAGAAAUGGGAGGACCACCACCCCCCACAAACUCUCCUCCAAAGGGCAGGGGUUGGGGGGUGAUGCCAAACGCUCGGUGGUCACCUUCAGCUACAUUGAGAAGGCUAACGUCAAGAGAGUGGAGAGCCCACAGAACUCUGCCUGUCAGAGGAGGUCUAGGGAGGAGAGGUCAUCCCCACCUUCCAACCCCCGGAAGAGACUCAGCGACCCCAUCUGGUUGGGUAGUCCUGGCUCCUCCUGCAGCUCCAGUCCCAAACUAGCGUUUCGUCCCCCAGGGUGUAUCCAGCAACAACAGCAACCGUCAGUUUCCCCCAGCCACUGCCACCCCGUCUUGGAUUCCGUCGGCAGGGCAGCCACCCAGCUUGCCCUGGAAGAGUUUGGGUUUGGUUCCCCCCUGCACAGGAGUAAGAUUCUCCAUGGGCUCGAGCAGAGUCCCAGGGGCUCCCGCCACAACCAGCAGGCCGGUUGCCUGUCAUGGGCAGGCGGCUCUCCUGUCCCACGCCACAGCGCCUGCAAUAAUCACGCCAUGGACACAGAUAGAAACCGGGCCAUUUGCGGGCCAUUACCCAGGAGCCCAGCCUCCGACCAGCUUUCGUCUCAUGCUAGCCAGGCCGCUCUGGGUAUGUCUCCUAACUCGAGACCCAGGUUGUGUAUGGGGCCCAAGGCCCAGAGCCCACACCAAUGGGAAGGUCAGGACAAAGCUAUCACAGGGAGUCCAGCCACCCAGAGACAAGUACACAAGCCCUGUAACAGCAGUUCCUCCCCUCAAGGGACCAUUCUCCAACUUAGCAAUAAACUAGGGGUGGGAACUGUACUGAACCAGCUAAGUGGUAGAAAACCCUCCUCACCAUCCAACAGCCCUGAAGUGGCCCGGAGGCUAGCUGAGGAGGCUACUAAAGUGUCCUCUAUUUUAGCAGAGGUAAGGAGGAACUCAUUGACAUUGCACAGCACUUUAGACGAAGUAGAGAGCCCCAACUGUGGAUGUAUGUCCAGAGAAGCCAACAGUUCUGUCCCAAAAGCACAACUGCAACAUUUGCAGCAUCAGAAAGUUAAGAUGAACAUCCCUUUACACGGCCUACACACACCAGCAUCCAACAACACUGACUCUCAACAGGCUGGAAACUCUUUACCAUCGUCACGCACACAGGACACAAACACUCCAACACUAACCAAUCAUAGGACACAGCACGGAGGAGGGUGGGCUCUGGGUCAGAGCUCCAUCCUAUCAGACGCAGUAGUGGGUGGAGGAGUGUCCCCAGCCCUGCCUUCACGCUUCCUCCGUCCAUUUCUUCCCCCAGCCGAGACCAGCUCCCCUCUGAGGGACCCCAGGCUGCUGAGAGCCCAGCUCAGAGUCACCGACAGCCCCACGCUGCACCGCUGUCAGCCCCCUCAAUACACUGGAGAUUUCUGGUCCUUCGAGCCGGACAGGACAGCCGACUUGUCCUGCUUCGACAGGGGGGACAGUGCCGAGCUGGCCCGUAGGCUCUACAUACGCCAGAGUGUGGAAGAAGCCCCUGUCAGCUGGACUUCCAGGCAGCCCUGGAGCCACCUGGCAGGGGAGGAGAGCAGCAGCUCCAGUUCCAGCCCCAGACAUGGACCUGGACCCGGUCAGCAGCCCUUGAGCACGGCCCAGCAGAAGAGGGCUGAGCAGAGGAGAAGGGAGGUUCUGCUGCUGGGCCCUGUGGUGCUGGACUCCCCAGAGGAGGACGAGGGCCUGGAUGGGGAUGGGGAAGGGGAAGGGGAGGAGGUUUCGGGACAAGGGCAGCAGCCAAGCCUGCUGAGGGUGGAGGAGCCUCAAGGGGGGGAGCGAAUUGGAAUAGCGGGGUCCUCGUCGCGCAGCUCCAGCGGGGUGACGGGCAGCCUAGGUGAAAGGGAAUGUGUGUCCCCAGAGUCCAGUCAGUCCAGCCACCAGAGCAACGAGACAGGGGCUGCCACUUCAGGGAUACAGACGGACAGUGGCACUGCAGUCCCAGGCCCCUCCCUCCACUCCCAGAGGAUAGCUCGUGCCAAGUGGGAGUUCCUAUUCGGGACACCCGAUGAGGAGGCUGCCAGCAGGGGGGAGAAAAGUACCAUCGAACCCUCCACAGCUCCUCCCAGUGGCCAGUCCAGUGAAUCCCCCACUUCCCCCAUCUCCCUCCCCCUCAUCUCAGCCAAUCACGAGGUGCAGCACGUGGAGGUAGAGCUGGUGACUCCUCCCCCAGCGGCGGUUGGGGAGUCGCCAAAGACGGGCAUCGUCCGGGGGACCCUCAAGUACUCGGAGACGGACCUGGAUGCCGUGCCCCUGCGCUGCUACCGCGAGACCGACAUCGAUGAGGUGCUAUUGGCUGAGCAGGAGGACACCGACUCAGCGUUUGGGAGUAACCGCAGCGUGAAAAGCACAUCGGGUACAGGCAGCAGCCCCCUGGGUGUCUGUCCCUAUGAGAGAACGAGUGGGGAGGAGGAGGAGGUGGAAGGAGAGGAGGAAGAGGAGGAGGAGGAUGACGAGGAGGAUGAGGAGGAGGUGGUGAGCUGGGUCUCAGUGAGGAUGCAGGGGGACAUUAAGAGGCAGCAGCAGCAGCAGGUGAUCAGUCAGCUGCUGAAGAGGCCAUUGGACAGUUUCUUCGACAACCUCCCGGCCCUCAAGUCGCCCAUCCUGGUUUCGGGUCCUCGUCUGGCAGGCACGACUGAGGACACCUUCAGCCGCCAUUUUGAGAGCAUAAUGGAGUCACAUCGCGCCAAGGGCACAUCCUACUGCAGCCUGGACAGCGAGGAGCUGCUGACCUCCAGCACCCAGACGGUCCUGACCUUUGACCUUCCCACACUGACCCCAGAGAUCCAGGGCGGUCAGAUGAUCUGUCAGAGCGCCCGACACAUUGUCAAGUUGAGCUUCGCCCCACUGGCCCACUGUGAGAGGGGAACAAGCCUAUCAGAUUCCAUCGUCACAGUGACAGGUGACUCAGAUGCCACGCGCGCCCCCUCCAGCGAAAGGCUGAGCAGUGGCUCGGAGGACACAAUCCCGCGAGGGGGAGGGGGUGGGGCACGGAUGUUGGGGAGCAGCUGGUACAGCAACCCCACAUUCUCCUUCCCUAGGUCAGUGAUGUCAUACAGCAGCAACCCCUCCCUCUCCUUCCACAGGGAGAAGGCUCGUCUGGCGACAGACUCGGAGCUGGAUCAGGACCUCAGUGAGCGGCUGGGACUGGGGAGCAGCGACACCCUCACCAACGGUAACCGUGCUGACGGAGAGGCGGCCAAGCGCCUGGCCAAGCGCCUCUUCACCCUGGACGGCUUCAGGAAGUCCGACGUGGCCCGUCACCUCAGCAAGAACAAUGACUUCAGUCAUAAGGUUGCAGAGGAGUAUCUACACUUCUUUAACUUCACAGGUCUUAAUGUAGACCAGGCUCUAAGAGCCUUACUCAAGCAGUUCUCCCUGAUGGGAGAGACUCAGGAGAGGGAGCGGGUGCUGUCUCACUUCUCCAGGAGAUACCUGCACUGUAACCCAAUACUCAUACCUACUGAGGAUGGUGUUCAUACCUUGACCUGUGCCCUGAUGCUGCUAAACACAGACCUGCAUGGCCAUAACAUUGGCAAAAGGAUGUCCUGCACACAGUUCAUUGACAACCUGGAGGGUCUGAAUGAGGGUCAAGACUUUCCCAAAGACUUGCUGAAGGCCCUGUACAACUCAAUCAAGAAUGAGAAGCUUCAAUGGACAAUCGAUGAGGAGGAGAUGCGGAAGUCUUUCUCGGAGCUGGGGGACACCAACCAGGCUGAUUCCACCUCUAAACACAUGAAGAGCAUGGCCAGCAGUGAGAAACACCUAGUGACCAUGGCCCAGCCCUCGGGAGCCCUGCUGUACAAGAAUGGCUUCCUGGUGCGCAAGGUGCACGCCGACUCAGAUGGCAAGAGAACACCGCGUGGGAAGAGAGGAUGGAAGACGUUCUAUGGCAUUCUGAAGGGGCUGAUUCUCUACCUGCAGAAGGGAGAGUACCGGCCAGAUAAACAGCUGUCAGAUGAGGAUCUGAAGAACGCCGUGUCCAUCCACCACUCUCUGGCGAUGAGGGCUGCUGACUACAGCAAGAGACCCAAUGUGUUCUACCUCCGCACCGCCGACUGGAGAGUCUACCUCUUCCAGGCACCAAACGCAGAGCAAAUGCAGUCGUGGAUCACGCGCAUCAACACGGUAUCAGCCAUGUUCUCAGCACCACCCUUCCCUGCAGCCAUUGGUUCACAGAAGAAAUUUGCCCGACCGCUGCUGCCAGGCUCCACCUCCAAACUGUCACAGGAGGAGCAGGUCCAGUCCCAUGAGGCUCGGUUCCGGGCCAUCUCCACUGAACUGGCUGAGCUGCGCUCGUAUCCUCCAGACCGAAAGGUCAAAGGCCGUGAGCUGGAGGAGUACCGCCAGCGGGACGAGUACCUGGAGUUUGAGAAAACGCGCUAUGGUACCUACGCCAUGCUACUGCGGGCCAAGAUCCGCUGCGGCGAGGAUGACUUGUCCGUAUUCGAGGCCCAGAUCCUGGAGGACAAUGGCCUGCAGCGCGCCCACUCCAGCCCCACACUGCAGGACAGCAGCCAGGCCAGCCAGGCCUCCCAGGGCAGCAGCACCAAGGAGCCGGUGGGCUGCAGCGGUAUAGGAAAAGGCUCCAAGCGCACAGAGGGCCAGAGAUACAGCUACCGCCAGGCCGUCAAGAAGUUCGUGAAUGUCAUUGAAUGCAGUAUGCUGCGACCUGGCUGUUCUGCUGUAGGUUCGUGAAUGUCAUUGAAUGCAGUAUGCUGCGACCUGGCUGACCUGCUGUUCUACUAAGGAGCCUAUUUAAGGAAUGUGGCUGAGGAGGAUAUUCUAGCUGGCAGAUUCAUGUAAUGUUUUGAAGCAGGAAUGGUUUAUCCAUUGCAUGUAGUUACCUUGCUGGGAAAAAAGUAUCUGUACAAUUUUAGUACAGACAAUUGAAUGUUAAGUCAAAGUUUCACUUGGUGUAUUUUGCCUCGCAUCUUUUCCUAUCUCACUUCAGCUAUUUUUCCAUUUAUCACCUUCCUUUUCCAUGAUCUCUUUCCACUCCAACCUCAUACCGUCUCUAUUUUUCCCCUUCACUCAUCCUCCUCUCUCUCGUCACUUCCUUUCCCCCUUGUCAGUUUGCUCUGCCCUCUGUCUCAGUCAUCAUCUCACUGCUAUCACUCUCCUACACGAUCUUUUGGGAAGCUGCCUUCAUCAUCAUUUGCUUGUGUAUAUUGUUACUAUUACUGAUGACAUAUACCUUGAAUUGUAUUGUAACUUGAUGUUACUGCUGUGAUAUUACUGCUUGGUACUUGUAUUUACUGAUAGUGUUUGACAUUUGUGGCAUAUGUGAUCAGGUUAGUCUAUCACAGAAUGACAUGUCACCUCGGGACAUUGGAGGGUACAAGGUAUGAGGGCCCUUUACAUACAAAUGGACGUUGUGUAGUUCAAUCAACAGGUGAACCACACUGAAAAUGUCAUCUUCGACACACUAUUUCUUCAUAUGUUGGGGUCUAUGCAGUACGUGCCCUGUUCCCUGUGGCCCAGGCACUAACCAUGAGGGAGAGAGGCACAGACAGUUUGAUACGGUACGCUGUCUGUUGUACAGCAGUAUGAUAGUCAGGACUCCGUGUCAAGCUCAGCGAGCUCUCUAUGCCCCACUCUGCCACCCCGCCCCCUCUGACGUUAUCACAGAGCAGCUGCAGGGUCUCCAUGGCACUGGUUUGCAUGGAAACCGCUAGUUCCCUCCCAAGUAUGUCAAAUGUGCCUAUUUGAUUGUGACAUUUCCGGGAAAUAAAAUCUAAAUGUUGGCUCCUUGAUACUGAAAUGAAAGCCUAGGUGUUACUGUAUGUUUGACCCUUUCCCAGCCAGCACUUCUGAAUGUGACAUGUGUGUAUAUACUGUAUAUAUACAGCAUGAGAUAAUAUUAUUAUGGUCUGCUUUCCUUUGUAUUAUGUUUAGAGUAUUUAAUGAAAGGUUAAUAUAUAGAACAACAUUUUUGUCCUGCAGUUCAUUGUCAUGAUUUUUUUUUAAAUUAUAAAGCUGAUUGAAGGAAAAGUUGUUGUAUUUCUGCUGUUUUCUGCUAAUGUGUUGUAGACACCACACCAAGCCACCAAUUCAUUCAAAACUGUGAUAUAGUGUACUACAGUGGGGUUCUGACUGAUUUCAGUUUUCUUAGACUGCUGCCAAGGAGAGACGUUUGAAAUGUUUUUACUUGGAUAGUUCUACUCAUUUUAGCUGUACACGUGUCGACUGCCUGUUAAAACCUCACUUCUUUAAGGAAACAUUGUUUGUAUAUGAGCUCUUCUGGGGAGGCAUAGCGGGGGAAAUAAAAGUGUUUCAAAAAGUGA